CAACUCCGAUUGAUUAGCAAAACCUGUGUGGGACAGGAUCAGAAUUGAGAUUGGGAAGAGUUGGUGCGGUGAGUUUCUAGGCCUUUCUGAAGGCCUUAUUGAUGGCCGUCACACAAGGACUGCGCACAUUUCCACACAGGUUGAUAUUGGGACGCACAAUUUGAGGCUUCGAAAUCAAAUUUGGUUUACAAAGACUGGUAUUUCUACAAGAGCAUCCUGGUACUGAGAUAAUGAUCGCCGUGUAUUGACUAUCAAACCAACAGCCUCAACGCUUUCUCUCUUGAAGUUUUUUUUUUUAAAAAUUUUUAUCUACAUAACUUUGUUGUGAGAAGAUGACGGAGAGACCACAGAGCCCGACAGGAGCGGACUGCAGACCCUACGAGUUCAACAGGGCCAUGUAUCCUCAGGCCCCGGGCCUGGAUGGACUUGGCGGAGCGUCUUUGCAGUUCGCGCACGGCAUGCUUCAGGAUCCAAGCCUGCUUUUUAACAAAGCCCAUUUCAACGGAAUCAGCGCUACAACACACCAAACCUUCUUCCCAUUUUCAGGCGAUUUUAAAACGAACGAUCUGCAAGGUAGUGAUUUUGCGCAACCCAAACACUGGUACCCGUUUGCUGCACCCGAGUUCACCGGGCAGGUCGCGGGAGCGAUGUCAGCCACCCAGCCGGCAAACAUCAGCCCGCCUAUCGCUGAAACCAGGGAACAAAUCAAGAUUACAACGGUAAAAACCGAAAAGGAUGUUGAUGAAUACACCAACGAAGAAAACAAGCCGACGUCACAAUAUAAUCUCACACCCGGGACAUCAUCCGUGACCAACGGCGUGAACUAUUACACACCCUGGAACCCCUCUUUUUGGCCUGGACUGCCUCACAUUACAGCUUCCGCUAAUAUUUCCCAAGCUCCCCCGACACCCUCCGCAUCAUCCCCAUCGCUGUCUCCAUCUCCACCCGGAAAUGGGUUCGGAAGCCUGGGGUUUUUCAACGGAGGCUCCGCGCAAAACACCCCUUCGGUUCAGGCGCAGAGCGCACCCAGGAGCAGUGGCUCCUCCAGUGGAGGGUGCAGUGAUUCUGAGGAGGAGGAGAAUCUGACUACAGAGGACUUGGAGCAGUUUGCCAAAGAGCUCAAACACAAGCGCAUCACACUGGGCUUCACGCAGGCGGACGUGGGGCUCGCGCUGGGAAACCUAUAUGGCAAAAUGUUCAGUCAGACGACUAUCUGCCGCUUCGAGGCUCUCCAACUCAGUUUCAAGAAUAUGUGCAAACUGAAGCCGCUGCUCCAGAGGUGGUUGAAUGAGGCAGAGAAUUCCGAAAACCCUCAGGAUAUGUACAAAAUUGAACGGGUGUUCGUGGACACAAGAAAAAGAAAGCGGAGGACCAGUUUGGAAGGCACCGUCCGUUGUGCUCUGGAGUCGUACUUUAUGAAGUGCCCCAAACCCAACACUCUGGAGAUCACGCACAUAUCUGAUGACCUAGGCCUGGAGAGAGAUGUAGUACGUGUGUGGUUCUGCAACCGUAGACAAAAGGGAAAACGUCUAGCAUUGCCCUUUGAUGACGAAUGCGCUGAAGCACAGUAUUAUGAGCAGAGUCCACCACCUCCACCCCACAUGGGUGGCACAGCCCACCCAGGGCAAGGCUAUCCUGGACCAGCCCAUCCCGGAGGAGCCCCUGCCCUAUACAUGCCAUCCCUCCACCGACCCGAGGUCUUUAAAAAUGCUCUGCACCCUGGACUGGUGGGUCACCUCACCAGCUAAACUUUAUAGAAAUGCUCCAAGCCAAGCUAUGGAUCAGAUCAGUCAUAUUAUGUAAACGUUGCUUUUUUUUUUCUUCUUCUUUCCAUAUGUUCUUUGGGAUGCUCUGAUUGCACACUAGGAGGCUGGUGAAUCAUUGUAUAAUGGGUGCCUUGUUGAACUAAUGCGUUUGCACAUGAAGUCAUGGGUUCAGAUGUGAUUUUUAUAGUUGGUUUUUAUUACUUUUUGCUCCUGUAUCAAUUUUUAAUGUACAUAUAUUUGAUGAUUCCCAAAGUAUAUUUCCAUAUUUGUCUGCAUUGUUUUUCUCCACCUUUCUGUGUGAACUGGCAGCAAAUUCGAGACUUCAUGAGUUUAAUUACUUGAUUUUUAAAGAGAUGGAUUUUUUUUUUUACUACAAUUUGGAGGAGACCUUUUUUCAGAUGGUUUGCAAAGGACAUCAGUCACUGUUCUUUUUCUCUAAAUGCUUGCACUCUUCCAUCUUUAAUUGAAAGUGAUUCUAGGUGUAAUAUCUUUUUAUCAGGGUGAUAGAUGAAAUUUGCUGCCAGUUUGAAAUCCUCUGAGGUCAUGUGCCUUAUCUUUUUGGUGUUUAUCAUGCAUGCUCAUCCCUAUGCAACAUAAAUGAAAGCUAAUUUGAUAAUUUAUUGACGUUUAUUGCUCAACACAUGCAACAUUAUUGGGUAGCAAUUAAAACAUUUCCAUUGACAGUCA